GAAUUCGAUAGUAUUGAAAAGAUUUUUAAAAAAGUUGAAGGAGAAUCUAAUAAAGCUUUAGGAACAAGGUUUGAAUUAUUUUGUACAGAGUUGUUAAGUAGAGGGAGAAAUGUAAACGAAGUAGAGAUUACGGUUAGAGUUGGGAAUUUUGAUUUGGGUUUUUUGGUAGUAGUUGAUGUUUCUAAAAUAAGGCCUGGGGCAAUUGAAGCAGCUGGUUCAUUAAAGGGUAAAGUAAUCAUCAUAAUCUAUGAUAGAAUGAGCGAUGUCAUUAAAGAAGCAAUAUUUAAUUUAUUGAGGAAGGAAGAAAAUAGAUUGAUAGAAGAAAAUAGAUUUAAUUUAAACUAUUACUUAAUUUAUAAAUAUUGA